AUGUCAAGAAACGAAGAAAGUUCUCCUCUUCUGAAGAGGACACAGUCGGUCGAGGAAGGACCAGUUAGACGAACGUUUUUACAAGUCCUUUCGAACGUGACGGUUGAGCCGGCUCUCCUGCUCUUCUCCUGUGGUCAUGUCAUCGACUCUAUCUACAUUCCCCAGAUUCAGAUCGACAAAUUUGUCUCCCGAUGGGCCUCAAACUUCAGCACUGAUCUGCGAGAUCUCGAUAGUGGUAGGUUCGACGAGGAAGAAGACGCAGUGCAAAAAAUUGCCUCGCGGUUUAAUGUCUACCAGCACUGGGUCGAGUAUUUACCAGCGCUUGUCUCGAUGCUUCUCCUGGGCGCCUGGGGAGACACACGCGAUCGAAAGCUUCCUGUAAUUGCUUCCUUCGUUGGGUGUCUUCUAUCGUCUCUCAUCCUCCUGGCCAGCGUCUACUGGUGGUUCCUACCAGCUUCCCUCACGUACCUCGCCUUCAUCCCCUUGGGCGUCAUGGGGAGUAAUCUCGGAGUGUACAUGAGCAUCAGCGCGUACCUCAGUGGCAUCUCCGGCACGAGGUCUCGGACCCUCCGCCUCUCUGUCGUCGAGACUCUCAAGUACGGGACUUACCCGCUUGGCAUCUACACCGCCUUGGCCGUCUUCGAGCACGGAGGUUACGUGGCGGUAUACGCGUUCCAGGCGAGUCUCUUCGCAGUUGCAGUCGUGUACCUCAUCGUAAGGCUCGAGAAUCAGCGGCCGACGGCGGUUCAGCGGGACCCGUCGAGGCCGCUGAGCGAGGAUCUGUCGCCUUCGAAGUUAAAGCGCUCGCUGGCGCUGGUGUGGCGGGAGCGCGAGGACGGCGGCCGCGCGCAGAUCCUCGGAUACACAGCCAUCAUCUGCAUCUUUACCUUUGACGUCGGCGUGAAGAACAUCUAUUACUUGUACACGCAGAGGAGGUUUACGUGGGAAGAGCAGAGUUUCAGUGUCUGGAUUUCCGUCGACUACAUGUUCCACGGCCUCGGCUCGUUAGUAGUACUGCCAGUUCUCAGUUAUUACCUUAGAGUGCAAGACAGUCUUAUCGUAUUCGUGGGAGGGAUUUCUGCCAUGUUCUACCUCGUGCUCAUCGGAACGGCGCCCCAACCCUGGGUCCUCUAUCUUGCUUCCGGGACUUCUAUGUUCAUGCUGAUGGUGACGUCUGCAGCCAAAGGAAAAAUCUCCAAGUUGGUGGACGGCGAUGAGUUAGGAACCGUGUUCGGCAUGGUGUCCGUAGUCAACGCACUCAUGCCGCUGCUCGCCACGCCGGUGUAUAGCCUCGUGUACAACGCCACCGUGGAUGUGUUCCCCGGCACUGUGUUCGUCCUCCUGGCGGCGCUUUGUGCUGUUAUCUGCUGCUUGGCCGUAUGGUUGUACACACGAUUCGAUCAGCAAGUCAUUCCAGCGACUACAGAGGUUUUGGACCAGCAACCAGGAUGACCGCAUGGAAAUAUAUUGAAUAUUCUGUUAUUCUAAUAUAAUUACUCUGAUAAUCUUCAUGUGCUUUCUUAGGGAUGUGAAUGUUUGUAUUUAUUAUUAGUUAAGUGAGAAUAUACUGUAUCCUUUUGGAUGAUAUAAGUUUA